AUGGCCCGUGUCAAACAGGCAAAAGUUUCAGAGAAAUCUGCUGAAAAGUCUCUAGCGAGCGGUGGUCCGUCGGAUAAACAUGCCGUAUUCAAUGCAUUCCUUGAACAGCUCCACGUUCUCUUGGAAAGUGAUCAAAACGUUGAUGGCGAAGCGGUUACCUCGAUUGUGACUGAAUUGAACAAGAAAUGUUCUUACUUUGACACUGCCAACCAGCUCAUUGAGCACGUGCGACUUGUCAAAACCGCUGGAGUGGACAGUGCUAUUCCCGAUUCUUUGUCUGUGGUGAAUGAAACCGAAGAUUCUGAUGCAAAGAUCGUUCGUGCCAUUGAUGUGUUUGAUGGAAGUCAGCGUGAUUUGUAUGCAUCAUUACCCGAGGAACUUCGCGAUCUUGUAAAUCGGGCCCAGCGUGCUGACCUGAAAAAGAUUGAAUACAUUGUCCGCGAGUUGAAGGAAAACAGUGAAGCCCUCGGAGAAGCAAUGAAAGUUCUCCGGAAACUUCAAGACAAGGCGUCUAAGAAGAAGGCUGAAAAAUUGGUGCAAAUUCCAUUGAACAAUAGUCAGUUGUCGGAGGAAAUGGUUGAACCGAAAGGAGUGAUCAAUGAUGAAGCUUCUGAUCAGACACCCUUGCAAGAAGAGGAAGAAAAAGAAAUUGGUUCACAUUGCUCGGAAGUCGAAACAUGUUCUACCGAAACUGAUGUGGAACUCGUUACUCCCAGCAUUGCUCAAGCCGAAACUACCGAAAACCAUUCCACUGAGCUCAGCGAUAGUAGAAAUCUGGAAAGUCAACUGCUCCCUCGGGAAGAUGAAAAGAAGAGACUUCUCGAACUCGAAAAUGAAGUCGAGGAAGCCACAAAAGGAAUCUCACGGUUCCUUGGGCUCAAGACCGACUUCACGAAUCUAUCUGAAGCUGUUCAGAGCAUGCAAGCUAGUUUCCAGCUAGAGCAUGGAAAACACGUGUUCAGUUUGACAGCUCUUGAAGCAAAGAACAAGGAGAACGAGAAGCUGGCUUUAGAAAAAAAUAGGUUGGAGGAAACAGUGAAAAAGGUCGGAGAAGAAAAGAAGAAAGAGUCUGAGGAACUACAGAAAACGAAAACACUUCUUAAGAAGACACGGAAGGAGAAGGAUAACGCAGUGAAAAAGCUGAAGCGAAUUGCUGACAAGGACAAACCCGAGGAUAUCAAUGUUUCGGAAAGACUUUCAGAUAUAUCUGCUAAUGAGUCUGGUCUUAACACAUCGAAUUAUUCAGUGGAGAGUUCUGGCGGAGAUACAACAACUACUGUGGACAAAAAAUCGGAGCGUCGCAUCGCGGAAUUACAGCGCUCCACUGAGAGCUUGCGUAAGCGCUAUGAAGAGGUUUGCCAGAAAUUGGAAACGUCGGAAAAAUCCUUGGAAAUCCAACAAGAGCUCAAUGCACAAACAACUUCCUUGUCGGCCGAACAAUCGCAAAAGCAAUCAAACGAGAUCUCUGAUCUGAAAGAAACCGUUGAAAUGCUAAAGACUACAACCGUUCAACAGCAAGAAGAGCUCAUACGUAUCAAACAACUGGAACGUACGAAGACUGAUGUUUUAGUGAGCCUGUUGGAAGACGAAAAACAAAGUAUUCGGGACGAAUGUGAUUCUCUCAAGCACAAGUUGGAACGCUCUCAAAAAGCUCUUCUUGAACAAAAAUCAGAAGCUAAGAAGCAUCUAGAAAAUGAACUCUGGAAGCUUAAAAAAGCAGCGAAAUCAGCUGAAAAGCGUAAAAGCGAGACACCUGUCUCUCCCAAACUGAAGGAUACCUCCCCUAUGGUCCAACACUGUGAUGUUCAAAAGGUUAUAGCUGACUUAACCAUGCUACAAGAAAAGGUGAAAGAUGCUAGCUCUGACGAAGCCAUUUCCAAAAUUGGAAAUGUUCUGCAAUCAGCAAUGGCAAGUGUGGAAGCGAUAGCAAACAAAGCAAACCGACUGGAAGCUGAGCACAAAUUGAAAGAUCAAGUUAAUGAAGAAUUAAGAAAAACCAACGAAGAGAAUCUGAAAAAGUACGAGAAUUCACUGUCAGAGGAGAGAAGGAAGUGUGCAGAAGAGGUUGCUGGAUUUAAGAUGCAACUGGAGGAGUUGGAUAGUUGGAUGGAAAAGCUCAGAGAGCAGGAGAAGGAAAAGGAAGCCAUGCGAAUGGAGUAUCAAACUGCAUCUGAGGACUUGGCGACGCGCAUCUUGAGCUACGAGCGAGAGAAAGCUAAAUUCCAGGAGGAACUCUACGAUCUCAAAAAAGAUAUCGAUCAGAAGACCGCCGACUUUAGGAAAGUUAACGAAGAAAAACUGCAGCUCCAGAGAGAAACGGAGCAAAUCACUAAGCAAUUGGAAGAAUCUUUGUCACCAAAAAAAGACAAGGCAGCUCAACUCGAGUCUCGCCUCGAAGUCAUUCAAGUAGCCGCCAAAGCCCAACAGAAAAGAUUAGAUGAGGACUUGAAAUCUGCCAGAAUCGAACUUCAAGAGGCCAUUGCUAAGUGUGAUGAACUCCAACAACAAAAUGAAGUGCUUCAAGAGAAAUUGACUUCCACCGAAAAACUCACUUUGUCGUUGACAGAGAAACUAUCCGAAGUCAAGGAGACCGAAGAUACGGUUGUGGAACUGCAGAAAACAAUUUCUCAGCUAAAAGAAGAAAACAGUUAUCUUCAGUCCGAAAGCGCGCAAGAUCGUUCGGGACUUGUCACCGCACUUGUUGCUACCCAGAAUAAGUUAACAAAGUGUCAGAAAGCAUUUUCUGUUCCAUCGCUUGGAGAACAGUUAACUGAUCUCGACGAGAGUCAAAACAACGUUGAUGAGGCACAGUCCUCAAGACAAACAAACAACCAAACUCAGGCUGUCAUUGAACAAGCAUAUCCGGAUAUUGAUUCACUGCUGCGCCAACUGGUUCAUCAUCUGGCCCAAAAUCAAAACUAUAUGUAUGGGGUUUUCGGUAUCGUCAUUUACAUUAUCCUCAUCCAUCUCUACAUUCUUCUGUAA